AUGGCGUCCGACUUUCUGUCAUUACGGUCGCAGCUAAAGACAUCUAAUGUCGAAUCGGAAGCUGUCGAAAUCAACCAACGGGCCCUCAUCGACAAGAUUCUUGCUCGAUAUUCGACCGAAUACACAUUCUUUAGAGAGCUUCUUCAGAACAGCAACGAUGCAAAUGCUACAGAAGUCACUAUUACAUUCCAAACAAAGGGUGGAAAAGCGAACGCUGCUUCUACUAUUACUUACUCCAACAAUGGACGGCCAUUCAGAGAUGAAGAUUGGUAUCGGCUCAGAAAGAUUGCUGAAGGAAAUCCAGAUCAGGACAAGAUUGGAUUCUUUGGAGUUGGAUUCUACUCUCUCUUCAGUGUAUGCGAGGAGCCUCUAGUCACGUCUGGUACUGGCUGCAUGGCCUUCUUUUGGAAGGGGGACAGUCUGUAUACAAAACGUGGUCCAGCACCAACAGCAUCAGAUCUCACCACCUUCUUCUUGGAACUCCGAGAACCACUCGACAUUCCAAAUAUCGCAGAUUUCGGCAGAUUCCUCGCAACGUCCGUUCCCUUCACCGCAAACCUGCGUAACGUCUCCGUCAUUGUAGAUACAGAGACGGUCUUCUCUCUCCAUAAAAAGACUGCCGAGGCACGACCACUCACAUUCCCCAAAAAUCUAUAUCAAACCGUAUCGCCAAACUCGAUGCUGACUCUAGAUCAAGUAAAUGUGUCGCAGAUACAGCUAGAUGUAGAUGCCAUGUUGUCCUUUGAUCGUUCCAAGGGACGACAAGGAACCAAGACCUCAUUCUCUAUAUUCAUGAGAGUCGCUACUGCUGGUUUUGGAGUACGACUCGCUACCAAGUUUGCUCAAGAGAUGGAGAGAACAACAAAGAAGAAGCCACCCACCAAGACCAGUCUACAAAUCAUGUGGUCUACAUUCGACGAGUAUGAUUCGUCGUCUGGUGUGCGAGGACAGAAUUCUGUGUUUUCAGAUCUGUUGCCUGCACCUGGAGAGCAAGGAAGGAUAUUUAUAGGGUUUCCUACUCAUCAGACUACUGGGUGCUCUAUGCAUCUGGCUGCUCAUUUGAUUCCAACCGUGGAACGUGAGAGUAUAGAUUUCGUUGAUCGGACUCUUACGAUAUGGAAUCAAGAAAUAUUGGUUGUUGGAGCUCUUGUGGCCAGAAUACUCUAUGAGGAUGAGAUGACUUCCAUUCAAAAACUGUACCCAGAAGUACAAUCAGACCCUGCCGCAAAGGAAUGGAUGGAAAAGAAGGGAGCACACGCUAUGAUGUCCUUCAACUUUAAGGCAUCAACUCCCCAUUCCGUAGUAGCUAAAAUCUUGGGCAGCUACUUUCUCAAACAGUCUUCAGAACAAUUGACCAUCAUGUCAUCUCGUGGUGUCAUGCCAGCAAACAAAGUCAGGAUAUUAGAUCCUUCCAUGUCAGCCUUUAUCAAAAACAUUCCAUUCGUGCCUGAGCUAGUCGCCAAACAAUGUGCAGAGAUGAUAAAGAAUCUUGAAAAGGAUGGUGUAGUACGGACGACGACUGUAGAGGACGUGUUGGAGGAAUUAGGUCAAAGGACUCUCACUUCGGAUGAGUUUAUUGCUCUCAUGAAGUGGUGGGUUGCACUACGAGGCAAGACGUUUAUUCCCGACAGUAUAGUAUCCCGAUUCCUUCAACUAGCCGUCAUACCGCCUACUUCUAUACCGGGAGUAACUACAAAGAUGACGCUGGCUCACAUUAAAAGUCACAUGAAUGUAAAAAUAAUACCACCAGAUUGUCCAGCACCUUCCAACUCUCUACCAUCCGAUAUUGCCAAAAGCUUUACGAAAAACGAAUUAGAGCAAGUAUUUGGAUGGAUGGAGCUGACGCUUGUAGAGUGGUGUAAUUUCCUCGCACGGGAAAAGACGGAAGAUCUGGAAAUGAGUGCUCCAUUUACCGAGAGGAUAUUAGGUGUGGUCUCUCGUGCUUGGGGCAACAUCUCGCAAGACAACAAGGUCUUGAUCAUAAGCAUAUUCUGCAUAAUGAAGUGUAUCCCAACUCGUAGUGGCAUGAAACUACCCGAACAAGCAUACUUCAAGAACGUGACUCUGUUUGCCGACUUGCCAUCAGUCGCAUUCGCAAACCCGAAAAGUGUUUCGGAAGUCAUGCUCAAGGCAUUCGGGGUACGAGAGCAUGUAGAAUUACAGACUAUAUUUGAUCGGCUGGGUACUGAGUUGGGAUGGGAUCAUCAUCAGCUGGUGAAAUAUUUGGCUACCAUACAGGCUAAAUUGUCGAAUCUCGAGUUUGACAGGCUGAGAGCUACAGCCCUGUUUCCGAGGGAAGCAGAGACUGAGGCUGGUAUUAAACGGUAUAGGGCUAGUGAGUUGUAUGCACCUGAUGACAAGCUGCGUAAGCUGGGAGUGAGUAUAUUGAAGUGGGACAAGUGGAGGAGUCAGUCUGAUGAAGCCAAGCUGAUGAUGACACUAGGUCUCAAAACAGUAGUCCCGUUAUCAGACCUGUUUGCAAUGAUGGCUACAGCAACUGAACCUUCGAAACGAGCCUUGCUCCUUGAAUACUUUAUUGAUAAUCACAAGACCACAUAUGCCAGUAUAUAUCGUCCCGAAACAGUCCAAAUCCCAUUCCUGCCAACCGUAGACGCUAGCACAUACGCCAAGCCAGCUGACUGUUUUAGCGAACCAGGUGGUCUAGUUAUGGGUUUCCUAGUCUUGAAACCAGACCUAAAACCACAUGCCGAUAAAUUUGGAUGUAGGCCACAUCCACCGUCAGAUCAACUAGUAGCUCGCUUACGAGAACGACCACCGCCUCCACAAUCUGCUGUCGCCAUGUUUACGUAUCUAGCAUCUCGACAACACGAUUUCACAGUCCGUGAUUGGACGUUGAUUCGUGAUAGUAAAUUCAUACCCGUGCCCAUCACAACCACAUCCCCACCAACAUAUAAAUGCAUGACUCCAGGCGACGUAUACUUCAACACUGGCUCCAAGAAUGAAUAUGCCGAUUUCUUCACCUUUGUCGAUUUCGGACAUGUCGCAAACACCUUCUUGCGUGCUGCUGGAGUCAAAGACGAACCAACACCAGCUGAAUUGGCUCAACAGCUAGUUAAAUCGCCACGCCAGUUCUUAGAUGCUUCGGGAACAGAAAAGUAUCUGGGACUGCUGAGACGUAUGGCUACGAAUUUCAGUAGCUUGUCACAGAAUGCGGCGCUGUUGAGGGAUAUGAGGAGUAGUGCGUUUCUAAUUGGGUUGAAGGGUGAUGGGGGGAGUGAUGUAGAGGUUGUGAAGUCAGUGCCGACUGUUGUGGGUAACGAUGCUGCUGCUACUACAACUUUAGCACAUGAUGGUAUAGAAGGGGAUGGUGCCAAGGUGCAAGUCACGCUGGCGAAAGCUAGUGAUAUAUAUUUGAUUGAUGAUACGAUAUUGCAGCAGAUUUUCCAGCCGUUGAGUUGUAUUUUGGAGCCACUGCUUGAGAACUUUUAUGAGCAGUUGGGGUCAUCUUGGCUAUCUCCACAGGUCCAGCAAUCAUGGAGCGUCCCACGCAACAACCACAUGGAGACCGACAAGUCCAAAGACCUCCAAAAACUAAUCCGCCAACGAGCACCUCUCCUCUUAUACGAUGGCCACCGCAUGCGAACCGUCAAAGAAGUCGUCAACAAUGCCGAAUCUCUCCUCAAAGACAUUAUGGUAAUCGAAGUCAAAGAAAUCGAAAUCGUACGAACUUUCAAGGGCAACAAGAAUCGUCAGAAUACGACAUCUUGUUUGCUUGUUGAUGAACGCAGUCGCCAGAAUUAUGUGUUUGUGGCUGGGGAGUAUGAUUUCUUUGAUGUUGCUCAGGCGCUUGGGAGGGUUGUGUUUAGGCAUCCGAGGUUGAAUGAUACGCUGUUGCUGAGCACCCUCCUCUCAACGUCCCUCGUAAACCUGAAAAGAAAAGGUUUCCCAAUAGACCGCAUCUUAAAUAUCUCAUCGCAAAAGAUCAAGAAUGCUGCUACCAUACCGGAUACGCCUCCACCAUCAAGUCCUGCUGCCGUUAGUACAGAAAGUAGUAGCAAAGAGGCUGUUGGUAUGCCGGAUAUGCCUGAUGCUACGCCACAGGUUCGAAGCUAUGUUAGGCAGUUGCUGGGAAUGUUUCCUGAUGCUGAUUCUGAGGUUGUUCGGCGCGCUGUCGAAGCCGAAAAGAGUGGCAAGGACGUCGUGACCAAUGUCAGCAAUCGUAUGUUGGAUCAAGGCUAUCCACGAGCCAGUAAUCCAAUCAACAGGAGUAAACCUGUACCGCCUAUACCACCCGCAGCGCUUACAGCGCAGCAAGCUAAUGGUGAUUCACAGAAUGGUGUGGUGGCACGUAAUAAUCCACCAACGCCAGAAAAGGAUGCUGCAACAGACGACUUUUUUGGAGUCAUAAAUCGGUUUGCUGAGAAUAUGAGGAGUACGGUGUUUGGCGGUGGUCCCAGUAGUAGUAAUAGCAAUGGUGGAUUGUCGUCUCCUGCACCCCCAUCAGCCACAUCAUCAAACAACCAACUAUCGACCACACAAAGCAUACGCUCAGCCAACGACGAACAAGGCACCAAACCACCAAUAGAUCCAUCCCAAACCUCUCAAAUCCGUAACUCGCUAUCACGUAGCAUCCAAACCCUGAAAUCAACCAAAGACUCCACAUUUUCAGCAACAGUGCCAUCAGACCCUCCCGCAAUCCCCAGCAAUCAAUCACCUGUAUGUCGCGUGAUUGCCGAGAACGACAUGAUAAUGAUCAACAGCGUAGACGGCCUCUCAUUCUAUCGGGAUCGACGUGUAGCUGCUACGGAUGAAUCCGUGACCAAUAUGGCUGGUAUUCAACGAUUUGUGAAGCUCAUUAAGGUGUUGGCACAAGUGUAUUCAUUGGACUUACGAGCAUGUAGUAUAUAUGUUGAUGUGGAUGGGACGACGAUCGCGUUUAAUCGUGGCCGGUCCUUGUUUUUCAAUGUACGGUAUUACUUGGGGUUGCAUUAUCCGCUUGUGAAGGGGAAUGGUGUUGCGAGGAUCCCUGGUGGUUUUGGUGGUAGGGAUGAGGAUGUGCCGGAUGCUGCAGAGACGUAUUAUUACUGGUUCUUGGUAUUCGCUCACGAGCUAGCACACAACUUUGCACAUGGACAUGAUUCGGAUCAUGAGUUUUAUUUGACCUCGUUUGCAGAGCACUUUAUGAGUAAUUUGAUUAAGCAGAUGCUUGUACAGGGGGUUUCUGUGUAA